CGACGGAUAGCAGAGAGCGAUGGCGGGGGACACUUCAACGGAGCUCCUCUUUCUAGACACCUUCAAGCAUCAGAGUGCAGAGUUAACCAACGUAGAUGUGGUGCGUUUUCCCUGUGCGGUGCUGGUCACAGAGGUGCGGGUCAUCCCUCCAGGGAUCAAAGCACACAGCAACCUACCUGACAACAGAGCGUUUGGGGAGACAUCUCCUCAUGCUUUCCAGUUGGAGCUGUUCUUCAAUAAUGUCCUCAAACCCAACAGCCCCACCUUCAACAGACUGGGCAGUCUGGAAUAUGAUGAGAACAAGUCCAUCGUCUUCAGACCCAGUGGAAAGAUAAACACAGAUGGCCUGGUGCUGCGGGGCUGGUACACCAGUCUCACUUUGGCUGUGUACGGGACAGCAGAGCGCUCACACGGACAUGACCAAGACUCACCCCCUCCCCCUCCACCCCCACCCCCCCAACAGCCAAGUGGGCCCAAAAGGAUUAUAAAACAAGAGUGGGAAAAAGACGACCAAUACAACGGCAGCCCACCCAGACCAGCACCACGAGGGCCUCGGACUCCACCCGGGCCUCCACCUCCUGAUGAUGAUGAUGAGGAGCAGGUCCAAGUGACAGUGGGCGUAGUCAAAGAUGAGCCAUGCGAGGGACGUGAUGACUACCUGGAGGCUGUAUCCCCUGAGAGGUCCCUCCCCGCUGAUGAAACGUACUCAGAUGCUGAACAAGAGGAAGAAGUCGAGGAGGAGGAGGAAGAAGAGGAGCAGGAGGAGGAAGAAGACGCACGGACUGAGGGCAGCGCUCCGGAGGAAGAGGAGGAGGAGGAAGAAGAGGAAGAUGAGGGUGAGGACGAGGAAGAGGAAAUGGAGGAAGGUGAUGAUGGCUACGAGCAGAUUUCCAGCGAUGAGGACGACCUAGAUAAUGGUAGCUUUAAGUUGCCCACCUUUGACAUGGACUACACUCCUGAGGAUCUGGCAUCUGUUCCACCAGUCCAGUAUGACCCCUAUGAGCGAGAACUCAGACCACUGCUCUUCUUCAGCCCUCCAUACAAAACUCGCUUUGAUACCCAGUUUGAGAAGGCCAGUGUGGAAGUGCCCAGGGACCCCAGCAGCUCAGAGGGACCAGCAGUUGGAGAGGAAGCUGAGGCCGUUGCACAGCUGAAAGAGCUGCUCGCUAGCAUUGGAGACGACAGAGACGCCCGCUGGGUCACUGCUCUGGAAGAAGCACCUGGACUACUAGCCAAAGGGUUGGCUUACAUGAUUAAACAGGGAGAUGGAGAGGUGAAGGAUCCUGUUGGAGUACUAGUCCAAUGGACUCUCCAAGCUCUUAGUAUGGAGGUUGCUCUCACACAACCAAUUGCUCUUAACCUCAGACAAUUGAAAGCUGGUGCCAAGCUAGCGUCAUAUCUGGCAGAGUGUCCGCAGGGCCUCACAUUGCUGCUGCGUGAAGGGGCUUUGAGUGUGCUGCUGGAGCUGCUCCACAGGGACCAUGUCUCUUCCACACUGAAGCUGAGUAUCCUGAGAGCUCUGGACGCCCUGACCAGUGCUCCUGCUGGGGUGCAGGCUUUCUUACACACUGGAGAGUCAGACAAGAGUGGCUAUCAGCAUUUAGUCCAGCUGUACUUACGUGAAGAAACAGUCAGGGUCAUAACAGCUGGCAACGCCGUAAUACAGAAGAGCCACAUGUACGAGGUGCUGGUUGACCUGCAGCGAACUGCAGCAGGAUGGAGUGAACCACCGCAGGAGGAGAUGGAGGAUGGUGAGAGCCCCAUGGAGGAGGAGCCAUCGCUAAGCCCCUCGCCUGUGACUGAGUCAGAGCUUGAUAGGCUGGCAGGGGUUUUGGAGGAGUUACAUCACCUGCUAGAGACGGCCAGUCACUGCAUGGUACAGCCCCCUGGAAAAGCCUUCCCCACUACUGCAAGAAUAACAGGCCCACAAGAGAGGGACGACCCCUACCCAGCACUGUACAGGUAUAUGCACGCAUGCCACUUCCUGGAAAGCACGACGGUGGUGUUGUCAGCAGCUGCAGCCGCCGGGCACUUAGGUGUCACCCAAGCUGUUAAAGAGCUUCUACGCUUCCUCUCGCUCACCCAGUCGGGUCUGCUCUUCCUUCUGGCCCAGCCCACUCCCACCAGCCUGCUGCUGCGACUCCUCGCAUCUGUGGUCGAGGCUGAGGUCGAGGAGACCACCUUUACAGGAAGUGAGGGAAGUCUCACAGGGCCUGGGUUCGGUGAAGAGGGCUUUGGCGUGUGGCUGAUGCAGGCACUGCAUGCCUUGCAGGGUGUGUCAGAACUCAUGAGCCAUGUGGCCACAGGAGGAGAUGGGGGAGCAGGGCUAGAAGAAGGUGACAAUGCAGAGGUGCUGGGCAUGCUCCAUGCGCUGUACCUAAUGACCUUCACCCAGACUGGCCGCAGCGCUGUGGCUCACGUCCUCAGCCUGGACAACAACCUGUCCUGUCUGGUCACUCUGCUUCAGCACCACAGCAAGGACGGACAGGGUGAAGCCAAGGCUCGCAAAGCAGUGACGUAUAACUACGCCUGUAUGCUGGUGUUACUGGUGGCGCAGAGCUCCAAUGAACUGAGGAUGAUGGAGCAGUAUGCUGCUCCACUAAUUGUUUUAGCCAAGGCAGAUGACACCAAUGCCAAAUUACAGGAGCUCAGUAAAUGGCUGGAGCCUUUGGAGAAACUACGCUUUGAGAUGGGCAGCAUUCCCACCCUCAUAGACUACAUCAAACAGAAUGUGGAAAAUGUGUUGACUCCUGAGGGAACUGGACUGGUCACUGCUCUCAGGGUCCUCUGUCACAUUGCCUGUCCUCCGCCUGCUGUCGAGGGUCAGCAGAGGGAUCUCAAGUGGAGUCUUGCAGGGGUCCAGCUGUUCUCUGGCGAGGGUCUGGAUACAUGUGUGCGUGUCCUGCAGAAGCUGUUCAGCGUGCUCCUGCAACCGUGGCGCAUGCAUGGACACAUGGGCCCCACACCACAGCGCUGCAUGAUCCUCAGUAUAUGUAUCAGCACACUCCGGUUGUUGCGCACCAUGCUGACCGAGCUGCUCCGCGGGGGAGCUUUCCAAUUCAGGGACACUCGUGUGGCCAGUGUGUUGGUGUCACUCCACAUGAUUGUGUGUUCAAUCCCAGCGUCUGGACGUCUAGACGGGGAGGAAACCAGAGUGCAGGCGCUUAUUGUUGAUGUACUGCUCACCUUCACGCAGGGUGUCAAUGAAGAAGUCACUCAUACAGAGGAGACUCUGGCCAGCAACACGUGGUCUCUGAUGCUAAAGGAGGUUUUAGGAUCACUGCAAAAAACUCCUGAAGGCCUCUUCUCCGGCCUUACGUUGUUGUCUGAGCUCCUACCUCUUCCACUGCCAAUGCAAAGCACUCAGGUGAUAUCAGUCCAAGAUGUGGCUGUAGCCUUAAACACAAGGAAACUGUGGAGCAUGCACAUACGAGCACAUUGGAAAGUAUUUUCCGAGUCUUUGAGGUGUGUGUGCGCCACCAGCUGCCCUCCCCUGCUAGCCAUGCUCAGGAGAGUGUGUGUUCAGCUGGCGGACCUGUCUUCACCCACUGCAACACUCAUCAUGAAGACUCUGCUGGAGCUGCUACUGGAGGAGCUGCAGCCGGCGGAGGGGAAAGGUGUGUACUGGGGCCAGGUCCUGCGUCUGCUUUCUUUGACCGAUGCCUUGGUGUCACAGAGAGCUUGUAAGAGCGCUAUGUUACACCUGCUGUCUGGGUCCGUGUCUGGAGACGAACAACUGGCAGAUCUGUUCCCCUUGCUGCUGUCUCUGCUGGUUCCUCCCACUGUCCACUCCUUACAGCAGCAGCAGUGCAGUGAAAUAGUGGGGACAAUAUUACAGUCACUGUGUGACCAGGACAUUUCUCUGGUGGUGUCUCCCCCCGGUGAAAGCUGUUUGUCAGAGGUUGAACAGCUGGCCAAUGCACUACCUGGGCGAGAGAUCAUGUCAUCAGCGUGCAAUGCCUUGUUGGAGGUUUUGGGAAAUGCAGAGAGCAGCGUCCCACUUCUCCUCACCUGUAUCAGGACUUUGACAUUCCUCACAGAGCACGAGUACGGACUGUACCACCUCAGAGUAGCUCUGAAGAAACACAGUGCGGAGCUGUACUCACUGUUUAAGAGAUUGGUGUCUUUUAACAAGGACUCAGCAGACCUGCUCUCAGCUCUGCUGGACUUCCUCAGACAGAUCCUCAACACAGAAUCAAUGUGUGUUGAUGAGGUCCAGGGGUCUGGCGAGGAGUCUGCCUUCGCUCCUCCUCCACGGUUGCUGACUGCCUCUGAGAUGAAAUCUCUGCUGCAGUGGGAAGAGUCCGAGUCACAUCCACUGCCUACUUUAGAGAAACAGAUUACGGAACUGUGUAAGGAAGAUGAUUCACUGGAGCCGAUGUUGGAGAAUGUGAUUAUUUUGAGGCAGACGCUGGAGACGGCCACAGACACGCCUUCUGCAGCUGAUACUGAGCCCACUCUGCCAGCACCUGAGACACUUGGGGCCCAGUUUAAUCACAGGACGGUGUUCAUUCUGUCAGAAGCUUUGGACGAGCAGCUGAAGGCUCUGUGGUUCUCUCCUUUCCAAACUGAUGACAUAGAGACAGACCUUGACAUGGUGAAGGUGGAUCUGGUGGGUUUGGCUCAGGAGUGUUGUCCAGAACUGGACCUGAAGGCAGAGCUGGAGCGGUCCUUCCUGUCUGAGCCCUCAUCUCCUGGUCACACGAAAGCUACGAAAGGCUUUCGACUCGGCAAACACAAGCACGAGACGUUCAUUACAUCAAGCGGUAAAUCAGACUACGUUGAACCUGCUAAGAGAGCCCACAUCAUGGCUGCUCCACGUGGCCGCGGAGGUCGAGGAGGUUUUGGACAAAAUCUCAACCGGCCCCAUGAUAUCUUCCGCCAGCGCAAACAGAACACUUCCCGUCCUCCCAGUAUGCAUGUGGAUGACUUUGUGGCAGCGGAGUUUAAAGACAUUACAACCCCUCUUGGUCUUUUACCCCCUAAACGGCCACCUAAGAGCUCCCCCAAACCCCCCACCAGAGGACUGUUCACUGGCAACAGAGGCAGAGCCACCUUUCACAGCCAGACACGCUUUUUCACUCCACCACAACCUAAAGGUGUACUACUGUCUGGUAAUUACACUCGCAGAGAAGGCCGAGGUUCAUCGUGGAGCGGCCAAGUCCCAGCUGUCACUCACAGAGGAACCUACAGUGAACCUCGCGGAGGCCAGAGCAACUUCACACGUGGACCUCUGCCCUCCCGACAACCCCCUGCAAGUGCAUAUCGCCUGGCUCCACGAGAUCGUGCACCGCGGGGCAGAGGAGGCACCGGGUUGUCGUGGCUCAGCGGGGGAGGAGGCGGAGGCAGUGCUGGAGGAGGUGGUGGGGGAGGUGGAGGAGGAGGCAGAGGAUCUCAGGGGAGCAAGUUCAGUGGCGGCGGAGGGAGCGGAGGUGGGAGGGGCAGACACGUUCGCUCCUUCACCAGGUAAAGUCACCUGGGCAAUGACUUCAGCCUUUCAUGGCAACAAAUGGACCAAUCAGGAUAUUCGAUAUACUGUCUCCAUGGAAACCUGUCCGUGGUGGGAUGAUGUUGUCACAAUGACGUACAGACUUUGUGUUGAUGUUUUAUGUUUUGUUAUCAUGAGUUAUAUUCAGAGAAUAAAGAUCAUAGAAACUGA